CUCUAAAAUUUCCGCACAUUUUACUGGUUUUUCAACAAAACAAUGGACAAGUUGAAGAAGGCAUUAAGCCGAGAUAAUGACGAGGAAGAAGGGAUCGUUACACAGUCACUCCUUGGGGACACAUAUAGCCAGAUCUCUGAUGCCAGCACACUUAGUUUUGCUACACGACUGAAGUGUUUCGCAGCUUGCUUUUGUAUCGGAAUUGUACUCUCAAUUAUAGGUACAAUAUUGCUGUUUUUCCAAAACUGGACUGGAUUUGCCAUCUUAUAUACUAUAGGAAACGUAGUUGGAUUAUGCAGUACCUGCUUUCUAAUGGGCCCCCUCAAACAAAUAAAAAAAAUGUUCCAAGAAACAAGGCUGAUCGCCACCAUUCUAGUUUUUGUAAUGAUGGCAUUAACAUUAUGUGCUGCUUUGUGGUGGCAUAUUCCCAUCCUUGCAAUUAUAUUCUGCAUUCUUCAGUUCCUAGCGUUGACGUGGUAUGCCAUAUCAUACAUCCCAUUUGCAAGGGAUGCUGUAAAGAAAUGUUUUGAGGGUUGCAUUGGGAGCUGAGAGGGACCCAUCAUUUUGGACAAUGGAAAACUGUCAUUUCAUGAAAUGGAAAACUGUUAUUUGGAACAAAGUGGAACAUUUUAUAGUGGACAAUUUGUGACCUAUAAUUUUGUAUACAGGACCUUAGAUAUUGUACAUAUUGUAAAUUGUAACAAGAUUAUAGAUUGGUGCCUUAAUGUUUAUAUGUACAUAAAAUGGUAAGACCAAUAGAAGAUACUCAUUCAUUCAAUUAAAGUAAAACACUUCAAUUGUAUUGUUCGGAUAAUAUAAUUCCUUAUAAUGUAAUUUUAGUAAUUCUACUAAGUUUAUUUUUGAUUUUGAAGUGAUUUGAUGUUGGGGUAGUUUAAAGGGGUUAUUUAUUUUAUUUUCUUACAUUGUUAAGAAAAUGACAAAAUGUGAUCAUACUGUAGCUUUGUUAUCAUAUUGUAACUUUGUUGUAUUAUAUUAUAUAUUCUGUCAUACAGUGUAAUUUUGUAUGAAUAAAUGAGUAGACAUGCAGCUAGCUAAAUUAGUAUUGUGAAAUUAUUUUCUGGAAAUAUUCUCAAUGAAGAAAUUCCUAAAUCAAAUGUUUUACACAUGGGG